UUUCUGUUCUGUUCUGUGCUUCUACGUUCCUCUGCUUGGUUCAACUUCUUGCUGUACUGACCCUUUUAUGCAUGACUCGAAGACCACUGAAUUUCCUAUAAAACGAGUGUUCUGAGCCUCUCAUAUCAUCCCAUACCAUAUAAACCAAACCAAACAACUCCUAAGAAAAAUAUCCAAAGAUGCACCUCAAAACCCUCCUCCUCACCCUAACCAGCACCGCCCUGGUGCUCGCCGACGACAAAGCCACCACCGCCCCCUACUUCGGGGCGGAGGUAUCCAUCUGGCAGCCGACCUACUCCGGCAUAGCAGGCAGCGUGGCGGGGAUCAACGCGCGGGAAACCACCUACCACAUCAGCUGCACGAAGGACGCGCCCAAGUCACUCUGCCAGAUCGACAAGCCGUGGACGAUGAUCCAGGCCCAGGAAUCCUGGAGCCUGGCGGGCGUCUACACAGCCUGGAGUAGCGAGAAGGACGCCGUGACGGCCACGCAGGACUACUCGUGCACGUUCAAGCACUGGUCGGAGUCGGCGUCGUGUGCGUUGACGGUGCAGGCCACGGGCACGUUGAAUGGCGGGUCGUGGUCCAGCUCGACGUCGACUAAGAUUAGUGUUGCUAGUGAUAAGGUGACGACUUACGGGCUGUUGGUUACUGGGGGCGUGGAGUCGUUUACGAUGCCCCAGGCGACGCAGACCCCUGGCGCGGCUGCGGUGGGUGUGCCCGUUGCGAGGGCGGUUGCCACUGGUAUGCCGCUUGCUGGGGCGGCGGCUGUGGCUGUUGCGGCGAUGUUUUAGGGGUGUGUGGUGUUUAGGUUGGUGUUAACGUAGGUGUGGAUGGGGAAGGGUUUAUGGUGGAGAUGGUGAUGGGGUAUAGCUUGUUCAUGGCCAUGUAUAUGAAGACGUGAUCGUUCUAUGAAUAUUAAUGUGCUUUUUAUAUACCCGCAAAUAUUGACAAUAGAAUUAUAAACAAGUCCCAAGUAUUGUUCACCC